UUCAAACCCACCAGCAAUCAGUACAAAAAAAGCAGACCAAAACCAAACGGGGUUUUAACUUUUCAAAAUUCACAUUCAUUAACAACAGUCCGCCUCGAGAUCGGGUCUAGGGUUCCUCAUCUUCUUCAAUUCCACACAAUUUCACCACAAUUCAAAGGCUUUUCAGAACAUAUAUUACUAGUUUGUGGAACUGUCUGAUCCUAGGGCUUCAGUUUUUGAGAACAUAUAUUACUAGUUUGUGGUUAGGUGUGAUCCUAGGGUUUAAGAGAAGCUGAAAUUGUAGAUUGUUACAUUGAAAUGCCGGAAGAGGAUCUUCUAGAGCUCAAGUUUCGGUUGCUUGAUGGAUCGGAUAUCGGUCCGUUUAUGUAUCCUCCGGCUUCCACCGUUGCGAUGCUCAAGGAGAGAAUUGUUACCGAAUGGCCUAAAGAUAAAAAAGGGGGGCCCAAAUCAGCAAACGACAUUAAGUUAAUAAAUGCUGGAAAAAUUUUGGAAAACAGUAAAACCGUUGGGCAGUGCAGAACACCGUUUGGGGAGCUUCCGAAAGGGGUAAUCACCAUGCAUGCUGUUGUACAGAUGUCUUUAAACAAAGCAAAAACAGAAAAGAAGAUUGACGAGGCUCCAAAGAACGUCUGUGGGUGUACUAUAUUGUAAGAAUUUUUUUAAGUUCGUUUGUUUGUUCAGAUAUAUUAUCUGGUGGGGUCGUUGGAAUUCCAGUUUGAGGCUGAAAAACCGGUUGGUCCGAGAUAAAUAAUGCGUAAACAGUGGCGUACAACGUUGCUGCAUGUGCUGGGGGGAGGGGAAGUCACAUCCUUGUCAUUUAUGUGUCGUGUGUUUUUAUGUAUAAUUUGUUGUUGUAAGUUGUGCAUUUGUAGCUUGGGCUGCAGCGAAUACCGGUCCUCGCGGGCCUCUUAUCAUUACAGAAUGCUUUUGUGUUUUACCAUAUUCCGUCGAGUUAAACGCGCUCAUGUCAGUGUCUAAAAAGGUAAACUUUGAUUGAUCUGAUCAUUGUAAAUUUACGAGUCAAAACUGGUCGGGUUGUUCCACCGACAUCUUUAUGUUCUUUUUUUUUGUAUUUUAUAUAAUUAAUUGAUAUA